AUGGCCUUCACAUCCGGACUACGCAGAGUAGGUCUGCUGGCGGCUUUGCUGCAGACUGCCUGUGCUGCGACCGUCUCAUACGACUUCUCAAUCGGCUGGGUUAUCGCAGCUCCAGAUGGCGUUUUCCAGAGACCAGUCAUUGGUAUCAACGGGCAAUGGCCGAUACCUAGAAUCGAUGCGAAUGUUGGGGAUACAGUUCUCAUAAACGUACACAAUGACCUGGGGAAUCAGUCGACGUCGCUUCACUUCCACGGCUUAUACAUGAACGGCACGACGCACAUGGACGGUCCUGCGCAGGUCAGCCAGUGCGCAAUCCCUCCUGGAUCGUCAUUCACAUAUAACUUUACCAUCAACCAGCCAGGCACCUAUUGGUAUCAUUCGCACACGCAGAGUCAAUACCCCGACGGCCUUCGAGGCCCUCUCGUGAUCCACGACCCAGACUCGCCGUUCAAUGGGAAAUACGAUGAGGAAAUCGUCGUGACCCUGUCGGACUGGUACCACGACCAGAUGGCCAACCUCAUACCCCCCUUCAUGAGCAAGGGCAACCCGACAGGCGCUGAGCCCGUGCCCCAAGCCGCACUCAUGAACGACACGCAGAAUCUCAAAAUACCGGUGCAGCCGGGGAAGACGUAUCUCGUGCGAAUGAUCAACGUAGCUGCUUUUGCAGGCCAGUACGUCUGGAUCGAGGGCCACAACUUCACCAUCGUCGAGGUCGACGGCGUGUACACGGAGCCUACGGACGCCAGCAUGAUUUACAUAUCUGCGGCCCAGCGUUAUAGCUUCCUGGUCAGGACUCUGAACAACACCGGCUCCAACUUUGCCAUUGUCGGAAGUAUGGAUACAACCCUGUUCGACACGGUCCCUCAAGACCUCAACUACAACGUCACCGGCUGGCUGGUCUACGACGAUUCCAAGCCGAUGAACCCCCCGGCGACGUUGGAUACUUUUGCUCCCUUUGACGACAUGACCCUCGUCCCGUUCGACAAACAACCCCUGCUUUCGAUGCCGUCCAAGACCGUGGAGCUGGAUGUGAUCAUGGACAACCUCGGCGAUGGCGCAAACUACGCCUUUUUCAACGACAUCACCUACAAAGCCCCAAAGGUCCCCACGCUCUACACCGUCAUGUCAGCCGGCAGCGCCGCGACGGAUCCCACAGUCUACGGCACCUACACCCAUAGCUUCGUCCUGGAGCGGAACGAGGUGGUGCAGAUCGUCGUCAACAACCUCGACUCGGGCCGUCACCCCUUCCACCUCCACGGCCAUAAUUUCCAAGCGUUGUACCGCGCCCCCGAGGAAGGCGGGACGUUCGCGAACUCGAACGUCUCCGAGUCCGAUUUCCCAAAGACGCCCAUGAGGAGAGACACACUUGUUCUCUACCCCAACGGCAACAUUGUACUGCGGUUCAAGGCUGACAACCCCGGCGUCUGGCUCUUCCACUGCCACAUCGAAUGGCACGUCACCUCCGGCCUGAUGGCGACCUUUGUCGAAGCGCCUCUGGAUCUGCAAAAGUCACUCACCAUCCCCCAAAACCACAAGGACGUAUGCGACGCUGGCAAGGUUCCCACGAUAGGCAACGCCGCGGCCAACACGCAAAACUACCUGGAUCUGGCCGGCGAGAACACACCGCCACCGCGGCUUCCAGAUGGUUUCACCGCCCGCGGAAUCGUCGCGCUUGUAUUCAGCUGCAUCACUGGCAUACUCGGCGUGCUUGUGGUGGCGUGGUACGGUCUGGCCAAAACGCCAAAUGGCCCUUCCGAAGACGGGUUCGCCGCCACGGCGGUGGGGCCCGCCGACGGAGACCAGCAUCACAAGGAACCGGUUAUGGUCGGAGCCGGGUCCGGCGCGACGGGGCUUGCUCGGGCUUGA